GAAAGUGGGGGUUGACUAAGAGAGGGGUUCCUAGCUUUAUAAACAAUGUUGAACUUCCCUUCCGAAGACAUCUUUGACUCUCAAUCAUCCAAAACUUUCUGUUGUCUUUCAUGUUACCUGUCUCACGCGGAAUUCCAAAGAUACAGAACAUCACAAAUUCCACCAGACACUUUUUCACCAAAUCAAACACCAUGGCUCCUCUCACCAAGACUUUCAAGCUUAACACGGGCGCCGAGAUUCCCGCCGUUGGCCUCGGCACUUGGCAGUCCCCGCCCGGUCAGGUCGAGAAGGCCGUCGAGGUCGCCCUACGUGCCGGAUAUAGGCACAUCGAUACCGCGUAUGCCUACGGCAACGAGAAGGAGGUCGGCCAAGGCAUUAAGGCCUCGGGCGUUCCCCGCGAGAAGAUCUGGCUUACCACUAAGCUGGACAACGACUGGCACAAGCACGUCGCCGAGGCCAUCGAUACCUCGCUCAAGAAUCUCGAUACCCCCUAUGUCGAUCUCUACCUGAUGCACUGGCCCGCCAGUCUUGACAAGCAGAACCCCAAGCAGGUGUACAAGGACUGGGACUUUGUGGAUACCUGGCGCGAGAUGCAGAAGCUGCUUGACACCGGCAAGGUCAAGAACAUUGGUGUGAGCAACUUUGGAGUCAAGAACAUGGAGAAGCUUUUGAGCGCCGAGAGCACCAAGAUUGUCCCCGCCGUCAACCAGAUCGAGCUCCACCCUGGUAACCCUUCCCCUAACCUCGUCAAGUACUGCACGUCCAAGGGCAUCCACUGCUCCGGCUACUCCCCUCUCGGCAGCAGCGACUCGCCGCUCUACUCGCUUGAUAGCCUCGCCAAGAUCGCCGGGUCUAAGGGCAAGACUGUGCAGCAGGUCCUCCUCCAGUGGGGUGUCCAGAAGGGCUGGAGUGUGCUCCCCAAGAGCGUCACUGAGGAGCGUAUCAAGGCCAACAUUGACCUCGAUGGCUGGAGCUUGACCGAUGAGGAGAUUGCUCAGAUUGAUGAGGUUCACAAGACGCACAGCUUUAAGGUCUGCGGCGAUAGCUGGUUGCCUGUUAAGAUCUUCUUCGGUCCUGGUGACAGCGAUUAAAUGCCAUGUACCUUUCGACCGAGGGGUUGUGUCGGCGAGAGGAAACCAUUAGUUAGAAAAAAAUAAUGAAUAAUGACCCUUCUCCAGAAAAUGCUCAAGAGUAAUGAGAUAUGACACCCAUACCCCACGCGCGCUCUUCCCAUAGCUGGCUAUGCUCUGUGACCAAACA